AUGCCAGAGUCUUUGAUGCAGGAACUUACGGUAUUCCAGGGUCGGACAUGGAUUGAAACCAUUGGAGUUAUCCUUUUCUGCGCCCUCAUGACAACGGUCGCGGUUCAGCUUCUGAUUGAAUCGGCCAGGACAUUGGGUACCGGCAAGACUGAGUCUAAGGAGCUUCACCUGGUUCCAAUUAUAUUUGUUUGCGUUGCCAUCUUCAGCAAGGCGUCUCUCAUGCUGUACUGCAUGACUUACCGAAAGUAUCCGUCGGUUCAUGUGUUCUUUCUUCGGCCUUAUCAUGUCGGUUGUAGGUACAAGUUUAUCUGGUACUUGGACCCAAUCGGUGCCAUCUGCAUCGCACUUCUGAUCCUCUUCUCAUGGAUCUCGAAUGCUUUUGAGCAAAUCUGGCUGCUGGUCGGCAAGGCGGCGCCUCAAGAGUUUAUUGCCAAGCUAAUUUACAUGAGCAUAACACAUGACGACCAGAUAUCUAUGGUCGAGACUUGCCGCGCGUAUCAUGCCGGGCAAAAGUACUACGUUGAGGUGGACAUAGUCAUGGAUGAGCAAACAUCCCUUAAGAUCAGCCAUGAUGUCGCCCAGUCACUGCAGCGAAAGAUUGAAGGGCUUGGGGAUGUUGAGCGGGCAUUUGUUCACGUCGAUUAUGAGUGCGAACACAAUAUUCACGAAGAGCACAAGCCACUUUAUGAUAGGAAGUUUUGA